ACAGCAGGAGAGGCGCGCAGAGCACAGGGAGGGGACGAGUGUAUAUUUAGAAAGCGGGAAGGCGAUGCGGUAAGGAGCCGCAGAGACCAGCGGGGAGCCGGGAGCGCACGGAGAGGGGGAGUUCCGCUUCCUCCCGCCCCCGCCGCUCCCGCCGCGCAGGGCACAGCCGGCCCGUCCGGGCGUCCAGGUGCCCCGCGCCCCUCCGCGGCGCCAGCUGGCUCCAGCCCCGCUCGGGUCGCUGUCGUCAGGCUCCUCCUCCCUCCCCCGAAAGGGACUAGCUCUGCUCCUGGCAAAACCGGGCUUCCCGGGAGAUGUGCUGAGCGCUUGUCCCGCAGCCUCGGUGCACCCCGGACGCGCCGCCGACCCCCCGCGCACGCCCAGGACUGGUACCAGGCAUCCUGCGUCCACAUGAGCGCCGCUCCCAGCACAUCCAGCAGCCAGCAGAGCAGCCAGCAGAGCAGCCACGACGAUGACUCGGGCCGACUCCUGAGCCCUCAGGUGCGGGAAGAAAGCACUGCCAGUAACUCCAACCGAAGCACGCCCGCCUGCUCCCCCAUCCUCCGGAAACGGUCGCGCUCGCCCACCCCCCAGAACCCGGACGGCGAAACCAUGGUGGAGAAGGGCUCGGACCACUCUUCGGACAAGUCUCCGUCCACGCCGGAGCAGGGCGUGCAGCGCAGCUGCUCCUCGCAGUCCGGCCGCAGCGGGGGCAAGAACUCCAAGAAAAGCCAGAGCUGGUAUAACGUGCUGAGCCCCACGUACAAGCAGAGAAAUGAAGACUUCAGGAAACUCUUCAAGCAGCUUCCGGACACGGAGCGUCUCAUCGUGGAUUACUCCUGUGCGCUCCAAAGAGACAUUCUCCUUCAAGGCCGACUCUACCUCUCUGAAAACUGGAUCUGUUUCUACAGCAACAUCUUCCGCUGGGAAACCCUGCUGACCGUCCGAUUGAAAGACAUCUGUUCCAUGACGAAAGAGAAGACAGCUCGCCUCAUCCCCAAUGCCAUCCAAGUCUGCACUGACUCCGAAAAGCACUUUUUCACUUCCUUCGGGGCCCGGGAUCGGACGUAUAUGAUGAUGUUCCGGCUCUGGCAGAACGCGCUCCUUGAGAAGCCCCUGUGCCCCAAGGAGCUGUGGCACUUCGUGCACCAGUGCUACGGCAACGAGCUGGGCCUGACGAGCGACGACGAGGACUACGUGCCCCCUGACGACGACUUCAACACGAUGGGCUACUGUGAGGAGAUCCCCGUGGAGGAGAAUGAGGUGAACGACAGCUCGUCCAAGAGCAGCGUCGAGACCAAGCCAGACGCCAGUCCGCAGCUGCCCAAGAAGUCCAUCACCAACAGCACCCUGACGUCCACCGGGAGCAGCGAGGCCCCCGUCUCGUUUGACGGGCUGCCCCUGGAGGAGGAGGUGCUGGACAGGGACGCGGCCCUAGAGAAGGAGCUGGCCAUGGACAGCAUCAUCGGGGAGAAGCUGGACAUCACGGCGCCCGUCACCUCCCCGUCGCUGGACUUCAACGACAACGAGGAUAUCCCCACCGAGCUCAGCGACUCCUCGGACACCCACGACGAAGGGGAGGUCCAGGCCUUCUAUGAGGACCUGAGUGGCCGGCAGUAUGUGAACGAAGUCUUCAACUUCAGCGUGGACAAGCUCUAUGACCUCCUCUUCACUGACUCCCCAUUCCAGCGUGACUUCAUGGAGCAGCGCCGCUUCUCAGAUAUCAUCUUCCACCCCUGGAAGAAGGAGGACAGCGGGGACCAGAGCCGAGUGAUCCUCUACACCAUCACCCUCACCAACCCCCUGGCCCCCAAAAGUGCCACCGUCAGGGAGACGCAGACCAUGUACAAGGCCAGCCAGGAGAGCGAGUGCUACGUGGUGGACGCCGAGGUCCUCACUCACGACGUGCCGUACCACGACUACUUCUAUACCAUCAACCGCUACACCCUCACCCGCGUGGCUCGGAACAAGAGUCGGCUCAGGAUCUCCACGGAACUGCGCUACCGGAAACAGCCUUGGGGCUUGGUGAAAUCCUUCAUCGAGAAGAACUUCUGGAGUGGGCUGGAGGAUUACUUCCGCCAUUUAGAGACCGAGCUGACCAAAACAGAGAGCGCAUACCUGGCCGAGAUGCACCGGCAGUCUCCCAAGGAGAAGGCCAGCAAGCCUGCGGCUGUGAGGAGGAGGAAGCGGCCCCACGCACACCUGCGGGUCCCACACUUGGAGGAGGUGAUGAGCCCGGUCACCACCCCCACGGACGAGGAUGUGGGCCGCCGGAUCAAGCAUGUGGCAGGCUCCACUCAGACCCGGCACAUCCCUGAGGACGCCCCUGCUGGCUUCCACCUGCACAGUGUCUCCAAGCUGCUGCUGGUGAUCAGCUGUGUCCUGGUCCUGCUGGUCAUCCUGAACAUGAUGCUCUUCUACAAGCUCUGGAUGCUGGAAUACACGACACAGACGCUCACCGCCUGGCAGGGGCUGCGGCUCCAGGAAAGGGGUCUGGGAGCACAGGACGGUCUGCUGAGCGUAACUCCAGCUGCCGGGGCGCCCCUUCUUCUAACCCACAGGUUACCCCAGUCCCAGACAGAAUGGGCCCAGCUCCUAGAGUCCCAACAGAAGUACCACGACACGGAGCUCCAGAAAUGGAGAGAAAUCAUCCGCUCCUCUGUGAUGCUCCUCGAUCAGAUGAAGGACUCCCUUAUCAACCUCCAGAACGGCAUCCGGUCCCGGGACUCCACGGCCGAGAGCAACGAGAAGAGGAACAGCUACCACUGAGCAGGCAGGAGCGGGGAGGCUGCGGAGACCGUGCAAUGCGUGUACAUAGACCCUAUAAAUAUAUAUAUAUAUAUAUAUACAGAAUAUAAAUAUAUAUAUUAUAUACAGAUUUUAAACAGAGAACGCCUAUGUACCAGGGAGAAGGCGCGGCCGGGCCGCGGAGGGCAGGGCCCAUCUCAGCACCACCCUCCCGCCCCGCCCUGCCCUGCCCUUCCCCUCCUGGGAACCGCAGUUGAGCCAAAGUCACGCCUGUGAAGACCCUGGGUCUUGAAAAGACGCCCCUCGGGGCAUUGUUUCAGGUGCUUCGUCCCCUCAUCCCCUGCCGAACGAAAGAGAAUUCUCCCGAACCCUCACCACCC